AAUAUGGCCAGUGUGGGGCGUGGGAUAGACGCCAUCCUGGUCUUAGGUGGACGAGAGCGAUGAGGGGGAUGCGCCGCCGAGUACGCACGGUGACACGAAAACUUUAAGAUUCCUCGCAAUCAAACAAAAAGCCCGAGCAUGUAAUUCGAACACGUGACAACCUUCGACAGAGCAUCUGACAAGCAGUUUUAUACACAGUCUCGAACCCGUUACAAGACUCGUCGCGACCCUUUUCCGGACCCCAGAAGUCAUUUUCAGCCUCUGGCGACACCGCCCAUCAUGCCACUCGUUGUGUUGCGUACUUCCCAGCUGCUGUGGGUGCGUGUAGCCGCCCUGUUGUUCACCUGCGUGGCGUUCAGCGUCGCAGCACAUGGAGCCCAGCUGCACGGUGGCGGCAUGGCAGACUGGUGCAUCUUCUGCUGGGCGUUCAGCUUCGCCUGCACCCUGCUGAUCCUGCUGGUCGAGCAGUUCGGCCUCCAGGCCCGCAUCCCAGUGUCCUGGUCCAAUUUCCCCAUCACCGUUGCCUGCUACGCCGCCCUCCUCUGCCUCUCCGCGUCUAUCAUCUUCCCAGUCUUUUUCCUCAAGAAUCAGAAUCUUUACAAAGAGGUCCGUGACCAUCGCAUCGCCUCCACGGUCUUCUCCUGCCUGGCAGCGGUGACCUACAUGGGGGAAGUGAGCCUGUCUAAAGCUCGGCCAGGCGAGGUGGCAGGUUACAUGGCAACAGCCCCGGGCCUAAUGAAAGUGUGUCAAACCUUUGUGGCGUGCGUCAUCUUCAUAUUGGUCAGCGACCCCGUGUCGUAUGACCGCCACGCGGCCCUGAAAUGGUGCUUGGCGGUUUACUGCAUCUGCUUCAUCCUCUCCAUGGCCGUGGUGGUUCUGUGCGUGGGAGAGUGCACCGGCUGUCUCCCCAUCCCGUUCUCCAAGUUCCUGUCGGCGUACGGGCUCUUGGCGGUCAUCAUGUACUUGACCGCCACCAUCAUCUGGCCCGUGUUCCAGUUUGACAAGCAGAGCAGGCAGAACUCUCCGAAAGUGAUCGCCGCGGCCGUGCUCACCGCACUCAACUUCCUGCUUUACCUCGCUGACCUUGCCUACACAGCCAGAUUGGUCUUUGUCACCGUCUGAGAAGACAAGGAACCAAGAAGGGAGACACGCAUCCCGAAAGAACAUGGAUUAAGGGGCUUUGAACGACAAGAUUGAUGAAGAGAUUUAAAAAAAAAAGACACAGUUACUUCUUUUUGUUCCGCAAAAUACUGGUAUUAAUUGCGAUAGGUGUGUUUUCACAAAGAAGACCCAAACAUCUGAAGCUCUCUUAGAGCUGUGUAUGUGUUUGACCACAUGUGUGCAGUACAGUAUUGAACACGUAGUCAGAGAUGAUCUUUGUCAAGUGUGCAACACAAAUGUAACAUGAGAAUGUGGGAAUUUCCAUAAUGUUGCGACCAAAAACAGUCCACACACUGGAGCGCAGAAGAGUUUGUUCAGCGUUGUCUGUCAUCAUAUUUAGUGAAAGGUUGUAGCUUCCUGGUAAAACAUCAGUGUUGGAACAUUUCAAAUGUCAUUUGUGUUAGCUGUGUAGUUUAAUCAAUAAGGGUUUUUACUAUAAAACGUACGUGAUGGAAUCAGCUGUCGAAACGAAGCAUCAGUCAUGGCAGGAAACUGAGUCAGUUUGUGUUGCAGCUCCUCGAGGCUGCAUGAGUUUUCACUUCCUUUAUUUAACUGAAGCCACAGCAGCAGCAGCAGCAGCAGCGUCAGGUAGAGUUAGACAUGUAUAUGGAUCAUUUUUCUUAGGCAAUGCUUCAGCACCUCAGUCAAAUAAAAUAUCUAAAACCAA